AUGCUACUCCUCACCGCCUGUCUUCGCGACUUGAAAUUCCCAGAAAAGCCUUCGCUCAAGAAGUUUUUAGACUUCCGUUUGUGCGCAGGCGACUUAGAGGAUAAAAAAACAGAACACCGCCGGUACAAAGCCGAAUUAGAUAUUAUCGGUCGGUACUACGAUGAUAACUCUGACAUUGGCGACCGGAAGCUGAUAAAAUGGAAGAAAAGCUUCAAGGAAAGUUUCAUAUUCGAUUCUACAGCCUGA